CAGAAAAAAAAUCAUCAAGAACCAUCUCACUCUUCUAAACAAUCCAAAGAAAGAUUUAAUCUCAGCCGUUCGAUCAAUUCCAAUCAUGCCGAUCAGAAACAUCGCCGUUGGCCGGCCGGAGGAAGCGACCAAACCCGACGCCUUAAAGGCGGCGUUGGCUGAGUUUAUCUCAACAAUGAUCUUCGUCUUCGCCGGCUCAGGCUCAGGCAUGGCUUUCAACAAACUCACUGAAAACGGAGCCACCACUCCCUCCGGUCUCGUCGCCGCCGCACUUGCUCACGCUUUUGGACUCUUUGUCGCCGUCUCAGUCGGCGCCAACAUCUCCGGCGGUCAUGUUAACCCCGCCGUUACUUUCGGAGCUUUCGUCGGCGGUAACAUCACUCUCCUCCGUGGUAUCCUCUACUGGAUUGCUCAGUUAGCCGGCUCCGUCGUCGCUUGUCUCCUCCUUAAAUUCGCCACCGGCGGUUUGGUUGUGCCGGCUUUUGGCCUCUCUGCAGGAGUAGGAGUGUUGAAUGCUUUCGUCUUCGAGAUUGUGAUGACAUUUGGGCUUGUUUACACAGUCUACGCCACGGCCAUUGACCCUAAAAACGGUAGUCUUGGAACAAUUGCUCCGAUUGCAAUCGGUUUCAUCGUCGGAGCAAACAUUUUAGCCGGAGGAGCUUUUAGCGGAGCCUCCAUGAACCCUGCCGUGGCUUUUGGACCAGCGGUUGUGAGCUGGUCGUGGAGCAACCAUUGGGUUUACUGGGCCGGACCUCUCGUCGGAGGUGGAAUCGCCGGACUUAUCUACGAGGUUUUCUUCAUCAACACCACCCAUGAACAGCUCCCCACCACCGACUACUGAGUUUAACCUUUCUCUGUUUCUUUCUCUCAUGUGUAAUUUUAAUGCCUUUUGCUUUUUUCCGUUUGUGUAAUUUCGCUUCAUCUUGGGUUUAUGACCGUUGGAUCUUUUAAUUUAAGAUGAAUCACUGUUCUGUUGAUAUCAAGAAUGUUUAACUUCAUUA